UGAAGCCACCCUCUCUACAUAUACUCGAUCAUGAUUUUGCCCAAAUUCAUAUCAAAUCAUCUCUCUCUCAAAUCAAACACACACACACACAGAAUUACAAACAGAGCAUUGCAAUGGCUUCUUCUUCAUCGAGACGCUCGUGCUCAUUCCUCCUUCUCCUCCUCUCCUUCUUCAAUUUCAUCCUUUUUAUCCUCUCGGCGACCUCCAUAGCGCCUACGCUCGCCCUUCGAAUGCCGCCGACCUCCCUCGGGUGGGCGUUCCUGAUGAUCUCCUCCGUGUCGCUGCUGUCGUCGUUCGUCGGAUUCUACUCGCACCUCACGCAUAUCUGCUUCAUCACGCACGCCUCGCUCCUGCUGGCGUCGUCGGCGGGGCAGCUGCUGGGGAUGCUGGCCCUGUUCACCAAGGAGAAGCCGAGCCUGGAGAUGCUGAGGUCCCCAAGGGAUCCGAGGGAGGCGAAGCUGCUAGUGAGGCUGGAGUGCGGGAUUCUGAUGGCGAUGAUUGUGAUGCAAUUGGGGAUUCUGUUGCUGAGCUGCGUCGUGCACAGCUGCAGUGUGAACGCGGAGGGGAAGAUCGCUGAGGAGCCGGUGGCAACGAGUGAGAUGAAAAACAGGGAUUUUGAUGAGAAGAUGAUCAAUAAGUAUGGCAAAUGGAAGGAGUCUGAUGUCUGAUUGUUUCUUUCUUACUAUUUCAUUGUUUAUUUAUUUAUUUAUUUAUUUUUAUGUUUAAUUUAGUUCAUAAAUAAUUAGGUUUCGAUUAAUGUUCAUUGAUUAAUGGAGAUUUGUGUA